AGCCUUUUAAGACGGCCCCUGACACGCCGCCGUGCGGUGGUCAUGGCUGUUCCAGCCAUGUGCGGUCAUGCGCUGCACCGAUGUGGGGGAGCUGCUGCGGGGUGGGAAAGCAUGGGCCAGAGCGGUGCUCCUGCAACUGCUGUGCGCAGCGGAGCCGGCGUUGCCGCCGAGGUCGUGCGACCGGCGGGUCCAGCGGCGGGUCCAGCGGCGGAUCCAGCGGCUCCUGCAGCAGCUGGACGGCCACGGAGAGGGUGCGGAGUCCGCGGAGCGCGCCGAAGCCAUUUAUGUUGCGUGGCAGGCCUUGGACGUCUUCGCGGGCGUGGAACGGAGACGCGUGCCGGACGUGGUGUGCUGGAGCGCCGCCAUCAGCGCUUGUGAGAAGGGAAGUCGCGUGGAGGAUGCCCUGGACUUGUUUCAUGCCAUGCCCCGGCGUCAUCUCAAAGCAAACGUCUUCUCCUACAGCGCCACAAUCAGUGCAUGCGAAAAGCUCGGGCAUUGGCAGCAAGCCUUGAGUUUGUUCGCGGCGAUGCCGGCGGCCCAGGUGGAGCCCGAUGUGGUGACCUUCAACACGACGCUGAGUGGCCUGGAGAAAGGGGCUGCCCAUUGGCAGUUCGCCUCAGCCUUGUUCGAAGCCAUGCCAGCGGCAAACGUUUGCCCUGACUUGAUCAGUUUUAACUCCGCCAUCAGUUUGUGCGAGAAGUUUGGCGUUUGGAUGCAAGCACUGGGCUUUUGGCGUGCCAUGACCACCCAGCAGAUCGCGGCGGAUGCGGUGACCUUCGGCGCACUGCUGAGCGCGGCCGAGAAGGCCUUCCAGUGGCAACGGGCACUGGAGAUUUUUGCAGCGAUGCCUGCGUCCAAGGUCGAGCCAAAUCUUAUUUGCUUCAACGCGAUCCUGAGCAGCUGCGAAAACAUGGGAAUGUGGCAGGAGGCCCUCGUCUUGCUUGCGUCCUUGAUGCAAAUGCGUCUUGCUCCUGACUUCAUCACCUUCAAUGCAGUGUUGCGCUCCUGUGAGAAGCAGGCGAAAUGGCCGGAAGCACUGCAUUUGUGUCGAAUGACUCAAGAAGCGGAGGUGGCAGACACGACGGCGGUCAACGCCACCAUCGGCACCUGUGAUAAGGCCUCGCAAUGGCGAUGGGCCAUCCAUUUGUUGUUCAACAUGCAGGCCGCCCAGUACCACCCGCGCAGUUGGGAUUUCGCGAUCGAGGCCUGCCUACGGAGUGGCAUGUGGCAUGCUGCACGACAUGUGAGAGCUGCGAGAGGGAGGUUGGGCUGGGCUUCUGACUGAGGGCGCCCUGUUCGCCUUGCAACAUUGGAAGCGUCAUUUUUGGCGGAGAUGCUGGUGCCUCAAGAAACACCUCCGGGAACUGAGCCUUCAGAUGAACACCUUGGUCACCUCGAGACGCGAAAGCAAGAGCUUUCAACGCUUUGAACA